UCAGCUGGAGGUGCAGCAGCACGUUAGGUACCACAACUGCGCAUUUCAUCCACUGAGCGCCUGCUGGAGGAGGAGAUACGCAUCAUAUAUAUCUAACCAACCGUCUUUUGGAUCACUCUGCUGGUCGGAACCGAUCACAGGGCGCGUGUAUGCAGGGGAUAAGCCGGUGCGCUGUGAUUCGUGGACUAAUUGCGGGGCGCUUGCGGGAAUACGAGGAGCAUCUCUGUGCACGAGAGGGAAUAAAUCUCGUUCUCCUGUCCGUCCCCACACAGUCUUCGAUUUAGAGGGCAUUUAUUUUGUACUAAAAGUGAGAGAACGAUAUCAGGAAAGAUGUUGCCUGCGACAUUAGGGGGUUAGAGGUGCUGAGGUUCAUCUCAUCAAUGAAUAUGGAGUAAAUUCCUACGUCUUCUCUAAUUUUGACUCGGAAUACAGUGAACGGGAGCGCAUCACAGUGACUCGAUUAUACGUCUCACAUUCAAGGGAGAAAUCAUUCCAUUCACAAGCAAUUGGAUGAGAGUCAUACUUGCCCUUGGCAACUAAAGAUGACGUUACUAUGGAAACGACUUGUGGUGCUAUCAAUCAUUGGCUGCCUCGCAGUCUCAUCAGCACAAGCAGAAGACACACAGUUUCUUGGUCCAAGCUGGAAAACGGAACCAGUGGACCUGAUACUGCCCAUCCAUUCCCCUGAACAGGAGGCUGUUUUAACCUGUGAGGCAUCUGGAGUCCCUUCCCCUCAGUACAGAUGGUCUCUAAACGGAACGCUCAUUGAUCUUCAUGGUGACGAGAGGCGUCGCCUGUCUGGAGGUAACCUGAUCAUUACUGGCCUGGAUCGAGACCAAGACAGCGGUGUCUACCAGUGCACUGCCUUCAACACCCGGGGAACCAUUCUCAGCCAGAGAGCCACACUACAGUUUGCAUAUCUGGAAAACUUCAAAACACAGACAAGAAGUGCUGUCAAUGUAAGGGAAGGCCAAGGGGUUGUUUUGUUAUGUGGCACACCUUUGCAUUCUGGAGAGCUCAUAUUCACCUGGGUCUUCAACGAGUACCCUUACUUCGUCCAGCAAGACAGCCGGCGCUUUGUGUCCCAGGAGACGGGGAAUCUCUACAUAGCUAAAGUGGAACCAUCUGACGUAGGGAAUUACACCUGCGUGGUUAAUAACACUAUUACCAAGGAGAGGGUGUUCAGUUCGCCGACACCUUUAGUGCUGAGAAAUGAUGGAGCGAUGGGAGAGUAUGAGCCCAAAAUAGAGCUUCAUUUCCCAGACACCAUUCCAGCUGCUAAAGGAUCCACGCUGAAGCUAGAAUGCUUCGCCCUGGGAAAUCCAGUUCCUAAGAUCAGCUGGAGAAGAACCAGUGAUGUUUCGUUCCCAAACAAAGUCAAACUGAAAAAUUCUAACGCCAUUCUGGAGAUUCCGAGUUUUCAACAAGAGGACACCGGGACGUAUGAGUGCAUAGCGGAAAACAGUCGUGGAAAGAAUGCUGCAAGGGGUCGCGUGUCUUUCCAUGCCACACCUCAUUGGCUGCAAACGAUGGCAGACACAGCAUUGUCCAUCGAGGAGAAUUUGUUUUGGGAGUGCAAAGCCAAUGGGAAACCAAAGCCCUCCUACAGCUGGCUGAAGAACGGAGAAACUCUUAUAUCUGAGGGCCGAGUGCAAAUAGAGAACGGUGCUCUCUCCAUCUCCUCACUAAACCUCUCAGAUGGCGGGAUGUAUCAGUGUGUGGCGGAGAACAAGCACGGCAUCAUUUAUUCCAGCGCCGAACUGAUGGUGCUUGCCUCUGCUCCCAGCUUCUCCCAGAAUCCUUUGAGCCGUGUGCUUAAGGCUCGCUCGGGUAGUGACGUUAGCCUAGAUUGCAGGCCACAUGCUUCACCCAGAGCCAUUAGCCUGUGGAAAAAAGGGACUGAGAUACUGCAAAGAAACGAAAGGAUUUCCCUCUUCCCCAAUGGAACUCUUAAGAUUGCCAACGUAACUAAGCGAGAUGGAGGUAGUUACACGUGCAUCGCUAAAAAUCAGUUUGGCACAGCUAGCACAACAGGAAGACUGAUAAUCACAGAGCCCACGAGGAUCAGCCAGGGCCCCAGCAGCACGGAAAUCACUGUGGGGGAGAGCAUCGUGCUGCCCUGCCAGGUGACUGCUGAUCCAGCCUUGGAUGUGGCCUUCUCCUGGGCCUUCAACGGUCAGCCCAUCGAUUUCCAUCAAGACGUGGACCACUUCGAGCGAGUAGGAGGGAGCUUUUCCGGUGAUCUCAUGAUUAGAAACAUCCAGCUUAAUCACGGUGGGAAAUACGUUUGCCUUGUUGACACAGACGUCGAGAGCUUGUCUGCUGAUGCAAUAUUAGUCGUUAAAGGUCCCCCCAGCCCCCCAGACUUGGUUGUGGUGGAGGAGGUCACAGACAGCACGGCCCAGCUGUCCUGGAGCCCAGGCCAGGACAACGGAAGUCCCAUUACAGGAUAUGUCAUCCAGGGCAGGACUCCCUUUACUGUCGGCUGGCAAGCUGUCGACACAGUUCCCGAGGUGAUCAAUGGGAACACUUUGACUGCAACCGUUGUGGGUUUGAAUGCCUGGGUGGAAUAUGAGUUCAGAGUGCUGGCCAGUAACAGUGUUGGGAUGGGAGAGCCCAGUCCCCCAUCCACCAAGAUCAGAACAGAAGAUGCUAUGCCUGACACAGCUCCCACUGAUGUCGGAGGCGGAGGAGGUACCAAAUCGGAAUUAGUGAUAACAUGGGAGCCUGUUCCAGAGGAGUUGCAGAAUGGAGAAGGUUUUGGUUAUAUCAUUGCUUUCCGGCCAGUGGGCAUGGUCACUUGGACCCGCGCCGUGAUCUCGGCGCCCAGCGUCACCCGCUACGUUUUCCGCAAUGACACCAUUCCACCAUUCUCGCCAUUCAAUGUCAAAGUGGGAGCGUUCAACAACCGCGGAGAAGGACCUUUCAGCACUAUUGCAACAGUGUUCUCUGCAGAGGAAGUGCCGAGCGUAGCACCAGAGAGAGUGUCAGCAAAAAGUCUGUCGGCGGCUGACAUCGAAGUUACCUGGGAGCCGAUUCCGUCCACCCCUGAAAGAGUUCUCGGAUAUGAGGUGGUGUACUGGGAAGAUGACACCAAGCCGGAUACAGUGGGUAAAGUGCGGAUCACUGGAAACUACACAGCAGUGAAUGUCAGCGGCCUCCAGGGGAACACUCCGUAUUACCUAGCGGUGUCUGCCUUCAAUACUGCAGGAACCGGCCCCCAGUCUGUACCUGUCAAUGUUACCACCAAAAAACCACCACCUGGACAGCCCCCUCAAAAUGUAGAGUGGAAUCUGAUUGGCUCUCAGCUUGUGCUUCAGUGGGAUCCCGUCAUUGCUCUCGAAACUGAAUCUGAGGUCACUGGAUACAUAGUGCUGUACAGAAGACACCGGAAUAACGACAUGUACUCCGUCAUCACCAACAAAACCUCGGUGGAGUUGACCCUCAAUCCAAAUGACAACUACGUCAUUCAGAUCAAGACCCUCAGUGAAGGGGGCUUGGGGGAAGGAAGCGAGCCUAUCCACAUCCACCAACUCAGCAUGGGUGCACGUGGAUCCAGAGCGGGAAGGCUGUGCACACUUUCUCUCUCUCCGCUCCUCAUCUGCGCUCUGUCGACGCUCAGUGCCUCCUGAUGUUCGCCUCCUAUGAGCACCAGACCCAGCCGCACCAAGAAAAACAUACUUUCUGCUCUUUGCUCAUACAAGGCUUAUGUUUCCCAUCACGGUCUGACUUGAUGGGAUUCCCCAGCUCCGGCAACAUGUAUGCAAGAGCCGAAUAUUGAAAUGUCAUGGGAAUCUUGGGGAAUUCAUCAUUAGUAAAAAUAGCAGAGCCCUGCGAGAGAGUCAUUAUGGGUUUUGGGAUGAUCUAGAGCAAACUGCAAAAAAACAUUUUCUUGAUAAGGAUUUUUUUUUUUUUUUUUUUUUUGGUGUUUUUUCUCUGUAAAAAUAUCUAAACAUCCUUAAAAAAGAUAAAUUAGCUUGAGAAAAAACUGCAUAAAAUAGUAAGACUUGUUUUAAUAACCAUAUUAAAAAUAUUUAUAUUAUAUUAUAUUAGUUAUGUAAUAUAAUAACUAAUAUUAUAUUAUUAUACUUAUUGUUUUACUAAAUUAAAUUAAAAUGAUCUUGUUUUCAGUGUUUAGAUAUUUUUAUAAUUGGAUAACGAGACAAAAAUACAGUUUACGAAAAUGAUUUUUUGCAUAUAAUAUGUGUUUCUUUGGCACUCUAAAACCAGAAAGAAAAAAAAAAAACACAAAAUGCUUUUGUUUUUUGUAUAAUACGCUUCUUUAUGCAGUGUGCCAAUGUGUGCAACAUCUUUUCCUCUGAUCUUUAAGAACAAUCAAUGCCUUAAAUUCAUGUACACACCAAAGUAGAUGAAAAUAGUUUUGCAGUUGAGGACAAGGGCUAAGAAAUCAGUGUUGGUGGAAGUUGCUCUAAUAUAAUGCAGAUUUUUGGAGCCGUUUGUGGCUUCUUUUGUGGUAACUAAGUUCUGGGUCUGGGUUAACAAAGCCUGAGCAUUGAUUUGUCUUAAUGGGAAUCCUCCAUUAGUUAAGAAAUGAGUGACGCCGUCCUGCCCCGAUUACAGUGCCAUCGACUCCAAAGGCUUCCUCUCGGUCUCUUUGAUGGGUAUUAGCAUUUUGUUCGACACUUCAUGACAGUUAAAUUAUUGAUGCAUUAAGCAUUAGACACUCUGCACAAUUAAGGCUUACUUUUCCUGUGAGAAUUUGUUCCGUAUACGUCAUCCAGCUGAACCAGUUUCAAACUUUAGUUUCCUUUUGCUAGUGCCACCCCACUAUAUAAUUCUAUUCGCAACCCAUUCAAGUGCCCCUAUUAUACUAUUUUAAGAUUGCUAAUUUUGAUUUGGAGGUCUCCAAAAUAGGUUUACAUGCAUCUAUUAAAAAAAAAAAAAAAAACACUUUAAUUUUCUCAUAAUAUACAUUGCAGCAUCACCUCUUUUCUCACAGUGUCUGAAACAUAGACUGUAAAAAAAAAAGAUGGACGACGCACCUCUUCCAUUGUAGAAAAGUGAAGCCUCCAAUGUCCCGAUAUGGUGCUGACAUCUUGGAAUCCGAGUAUGCGCCUUAGUGAACCCAGAGCUUGAUUCUGCGCAGUAGUGUGUUUGAAGUUGAGGCCCCACCCACACUCCUGCAGGAUCGGUUAGUACAGUUUACUGCAGAACAACUCAUUAUGGCAGGGUGAAAUAAACAGUUAUCGAAAUGUAGAAAUUAAAGUUAAAGCUCAAAUCUCCUCCCGAAAAUCCUUAAAAAAAAAAAAAGUCUGUUGGUGCCUCAGUGACUACUCCGCUCACCAUCAUCUCAGCUGUCAAUCAUGAUGUCACACUCCCAUUUUUAUAGCAUUAAAUAACUAAAACCAAACUUAUUUAAAAAAAGAACUUUAUCUUACAUCAGUAUGAUAAAAACUACCUAAAAUGGCAGAAACCAUCCUUGAAAAACAAUGUAUUUGAAGUAUAAUUUGAUUGUUUAGUUUGGCUCACAUCGCUUUAGAUUACAUGAGGGUGGGGUUUAUGACCUAUACUGCAUCCAACUCUUCCAGGCCUCAACUACAAUUACAGUGUUUGAGGGCGGGUCAAAGUAGAUAUUGUUCAUGGGCAGCCAAUGAAGACCAUAGGCUGGGAUUAUGCAAAUUUGUUACAAACCUACAUAGGUUUGUGCAGGAAGUUUUGCUACAUUCAAUGCAUGCCGUAAUUAACGUAAUCUCAAGAUGGAAACAUGUGGCAUUUUAUUUGGAGUUGUUCACAUCCUCGGACUGGGAGUUAUGCGUUUCGCAGGCAACACUAUCAACGCCUAAAUAAAUCUGCAGCAGUCAGAUGGUAUAGCGGUCAUGUGGUACAAGUAAGAACUCUCAAAAAAAUUCCCGUCUUACAAGCUGUAAUUACGAGCUCAGUGAAAUUUUGAAAGACCCUUUACAUUCACAAACAGCUACACAAUACAUUAAAGGUAAUAUCUGAAAAAGCAUAAUAGGGGCACUUUUAUAUAUACUGUAACAAGUGCAAAAAAGCCUAACAUUCGGCAUUGAAUAUUGAAAAGCAAGCUUUUGAAAGGCACUCGUACAUGUCUACCUGUACCUGUACCUGUCUGUGCGUGUUAGUAAACUGGCAAUGGCACAUAAACUGCCAAACAAGUUGUCAAAAACUAAGUGACAAGAUGUGGAACACUGCUGGAAGUGGGACUCUUAUCAAAUUUUUAUAGCUCUAAUGGCCUUGCGGAUGUAAAAAGAUUUGAAAGCCUUGUAAAGAAGUACAAUGUUUGAUAGCCCCCGGAGGUCCCUACCAAGGUGGUUCUCCUUCCUGAUCCUGUACUAUUGUUCAAAAGUCACAUUAUGAUAUUGCAUUACCAAUAUAUGAUGAUCAUAUCAUGUUGAUGCCUAUGUAAUGCGCUUUGAAUUCCGAAUUUCUCAUUUGUACUCUCAAUGAGACAAGAAGCCAAGGCACUUCGGGGGUGACCUUUUAAUGCAGAGGUUCGCUGCCAAGGAAUAGUGCCUUCACUGGACAAUAUGUUCCUGGCUCUGUCGUGGCAGUAACAGGCUGUAGAGUCCAUAAUUUGCACUUGCACUUGUUCUUCUCAACGUCAGAAGAAAGCACAAGGUAGUGAACCGAGGUGACACAGCCUUCCUGUCCAAGACUCCAGAACAGGUGCAGAACAGCCCAUGAAGACGUUAAAAAGUUAGCGAGGCAGAUUAAAAAAGAAAAAAAAAAAAGGCUGCAGAGUCCAAAUCAGGACAACCUAUCUGUUCUCCUUCAAGCUUUCAUAAAGGUCUGGGCACCUUGAUUAGGCUGCAGUGGCCCAGUCAAUGGGAUAUUGAUUUUUCUGCUCUGUCACAAUGCAGACUCUUGAUUGACUGAUGUCGGUGUUCCUGUCAGCCAUCUCCAUGUCAGUGGAGUUUGUGCUUUGAGUGUCUGAGAUGUCCUUGCCCUCUUCUCCCAUUCAGUGCUCAGAUAGACUUAAGUUUUAGCAAAAAGAUGCAGAGAAAAUGAUGAAAAGUUCCUUGAAGAAGAAUUAGAUAUAUCUGUGUCAGCGGAGGGAGAAAAUAACUACAUUUCAGGAUAUGCAGACAUACACUACCAUUCAAAAGUUUGGGGUCGGUAAGAUUUUUUAAAUAUUUUUGAAAAAAGUCUCCUAUAAUCACUAAGGCUGCAUUUUUGGAUUAAAAAAUACAGUAAAACAGUAAUAUUGUGAAGUAUUAUUACAAUUUAAAAUAACUGUUUAUUAUCUGAAUAUAUUUAAAAAUGUAAAAUAUUCAUGUGAUGGCAAAGCUGAAUUUUCAGCAUCAUUACUCCAGUCUUCAGUGUCACAUGACCCUUCAGAAAUCAUUCUAAUAUGCUGAUUUGGUGGUCAAGGUAACAUGUAUUAUCUACGUUGAAAAGAGUUGUGCUGUUUAAUAUUUUUGUGGAAACCGUGAUACAUUUUUGUCAGGAUUUUUUUGAUGAAUUAGAAAGUUCAAAAGAACAGCAUUUAUUUGAAAUAGAGAUCUUUUGUAACAUUGUAAAUGUUUUGCUGUCGCUUUUGAUCAAUGCAAUGCAUCUUUGCUGAAUAGAAGUAUUUCUUUAAAAAAAAAAAAAAAAAAACUGACACCAAAAGUUUGAAUGGCAGUAUGCAUUUAAGUCAUUUAAGAAUUUCUGGUUUCAUUGUGACUUUUCAAAUAGGUUCCGCCCCUCAAACGACUUUCCAUUUCGACUGAUGUUACCAAGUUCUCUUAUUCUUCAACGACUUUCAUAUGAAACUGCUUUCGAUCCAAGUUUUCCCCGAUGGAUAGAUUCCAUACAAUUCUACCCUGUUACAUUACAGAAGUAAAGUGGGUUGCAAUCACUUUUCAUUUUCAUUUUAAAGCCAGUAUCAUGAACAGUUUUACAUUUAUUUUAUGGUCUUUAAGUGUUCUUUAUUGUUCUACGGUUGAGUUUAUCUCUUUGGAAUUACGGUUGUCUAUUAUUUCAGACAUAGCAUUCAUUGUUCUUUUUUCAGCAUAGGAAAAUGAAAUAUUUAAUAUGUAUUAUAAGCAUUUCGUAUUACAGUAAUCUAAACAAUUAGCGCUGCUUAUCACACCUUCUUCACAGAUAACAUGUUAGUUUUUCCAUUUGCUGUUUUUCUCCCAAUAUGUUCUAAUGUGCCCCAUCAACCCUCAGUUACAGUAUCUGCUUAAUGAUGCAUAUAAACACUGAAACAAUAAUUGUUGUUUAAUAGCAAUGAUUUCUUUGGUACUCUUAAAAUUGUGAAGUCUAAUUUGCCUAAUUUUGUGUAUGCCGUAUAAUGAGUGAGUUUAAUUUCUUCACAUUAUGGUUUCCCUUUGGCAAAACUUUGAUAUGAUAUGAAAAUCUGAGCUGUUAAUGACAGAUCUUAUCGCUACAAUCCAAUUAUGUUUCUAAGUAAUCUGAAAUGAAAAACGACGACCUUGGCCAGAUGUAAAUAGUGACUAUAUAUUUUUAGAGUCGGACAGCAUUGAUAACCUGACGUUUUCUACUGCACACGGCCCUGGGAAUUUAAUACUGAUGUAUUAGUGAAUAAUCUCUAUGAGAUGACUUACAUAUAACAUGACAUUUUCAUAUUGAAAAGUAACCGUUUUGUCUUGUAUACUAAAACUGUGCAUGUGGAAAAAUGUUUGGUGCAUAUGUGUUGAAUUUUAUAAUCCUGUUAAAAACUUAAUAAAAAUGUCAAAAGCCUG